AUGGACAGCGAAUGCAAACGACAGCAGAUAUCGACGAUAGCAAAUACCAACUACAGACAGCAACCAAGACGGCAAACAUCAACUACAGCAACCGAGACAGAAAGGUGUUGCUUCCAAUGCUGCUUCUCUGUGAAACAACUGGUACUCGAUUUCUUCAGCGGCUCUCAACAUUUGCAGGUCUCCGGGUUCAUUUUCUUAAAUAAAAUAAACCCUUCGUGGGGAUUGUCGCUCUAUCUAGAAGAUGCUCACAAACUCCUUCCAUACCCAUCCUCCCCUAGAACCUACAAACCUACAACACCCCCGCCCACCCCCUCCCCUCACCGAUAG